AUUAAUGAGAAUCUUGAAAUUAAGUUCUACAGAAUUAUUAUUGCUAAUAAUUAAAAUGUGAUACAUCCUUUUUAUUAGUAAACAACUGCAUUGAGGGCGACCUAUACUGGAAAGCAUAAGCUAAAUGAAUAUUAGCAAAACUAAAGGAAGAAGAAGAAGAAUCACCCGGUGUUUGUCACUUUUGUUUCAAUAUGGUUUCCAAUAUUCGUUCUCAUAUCAUGUGAUGUGAAAUUUUCCGUGUUUUGUGUAAGUGUUAGUGAAUAAAACGAUUAUUCGGGCAUAUUAUAGUAACAAUAAGCCUGUGACAAUGGCUGAAACGAAGACACCCCCUUUAAGUGACAUUAAACAUCCAGAGGAAGUGGUUAGAAUGACUGUAAAUGAUAAUAUCAAAUUUGCAGUUUUAAUCGGCUUUAUUGAAGUUGGUCAAGUAUCAAAUCGUGAAGUGGUCAAUACAGUCUUGCAGCUGCUCGUCGGCGGCGAGUUCGACAUGGAGCUGAACUUCAUAAUUCAGGAUGCCCAGAACAUCAGGCACAUGUUGGAGCUGCUCGACCACUGCCCUCCGAAUCUUCAAGCUGAAAUAUGGAGUGUCUUCAUCGCGAUUUUGCGAAAAAGCGUGCGAAAUUUACAAGCGUGCACCGAUGUAGGCUUAAUCGAACACGUCCUGAAAAGGCUUAGAAACGCUGAUUCCGUUGUCUCAGAUUUGCUCAUAGAAAUGCUUGGCGUACUGGCAAGCUACAGUAUCACUGUAAGAGAAUUGAAAUUACUAUUUGGUGCUAUGAAAGCCAUUAAUGGAAAAUGGCCACGUCAUUCGGCAAAGCUCCUGAACGUGCUCAGACAGAUGCCUCAAAGACAUGGUCCAGAUGUUUUCUUCAGUUUUCCUGGACGCAAAGGAUCGGCAAUAGUUCUUCCACCGUUGGCGAAAUGGCCAUAUGAAAAUGGUUUUACUUUCACUACAUGGUUUAGAUUAGAUCCAAUUAAUUCGGUUAAUAUAGAAAGGGAAAAGCCGUACUUAUACUGUUUCAAAACUAGUAAAGGAGUGGGUUAUUCAGCUCAUUUUGUAGGAAAUUGUUUAGUUUUAACUUCUAUGAAAAUUAAGGGCAAGGGCUUCCAACACUGUGUCAAAUAUGAAUUUCAACCUAGGAAGUGGUACAUGAUUGCAAUAGUUUAUAUUUACAACCGAUGGACAAAAAGUGAAAUAAAAUGUUUGGUUAAUGGUCAGUUAGCUUCUAGUACCGAGAUGGCUUGGCUUGUUUCGACAAACGAGCCAUUUGACAAAUGUUACAUUGGAGCGACCCCUGAACUAGACGAGGAACGCGUGUUUUGUGGACAAAUGUCCGCGAUUUAUUUGUUCAGCGAAGCGCUUACCACGCACCAAAUCUGCGCCAUGCACAGGCUUGGGCCCGGAUAUAAGAGUCAGUUCAGGUUUGAAAAUGAGUGUAAUUUAAACCUUCCUGAUAAUCAUAAAAGGGUGAGUGAAAACAGUGACCAUUCAAGUAGCAUGCAACCAGGCACCGAUGUAUCAGUAUUGUAUGAUGGGAAACUGUCGAAUGCCAUCGUGUUCAUGUACAAUCCGGUAGCUACUGAUAGCCAGCUUUGCUUACAGUCUGCCCCCAAAGGCAACGUUUCGUACUUCGUACACACACCCCACGCUCUUAUGUUACAGGAUGUGAAAGCUGUGAUAACACAUUCCAUCCAUAGCACUCUUAAUUCAAUUGGCGGAAUUCAAGUCCUCUUUCCAUUAUUCUCUCAAUUGGACAUGCCUUAUGAGUGUAACGAUUCCACAGAUUCCAAACGAGAUCCCACUUUGUGCUCAAAAUUGUUGGGUUUCAUAUGUGAAUUGGUAGAAACUUCGCAAACGGUUCAACAACACAUGAUACAAAACCGCGGAUUUCUUGUGAUAAGUUUCAUGUUGCAAAGAUCGUCGAGAGAUCAUCUUACCGUUGAUGUGCUUGGCUCAUUUUUAAAUUUAACCAAAUACCUUGUUACCUGCUUAACUGCUAACAGCGAGCUGCUCAUGAAGCAGCUGUUGGAUCACGUACUUUUCAACCCCGCUCUAUGGAUCUACACCCCCGCACCCGUACAGAUGAAAUUGUACUCGUACUUGGCAACCGAGUUCCUAAGCGACACGCAAAUUUACUCGAACGUGAGAAGGGUGUCAACUGUUCUACAAACGGUACACACAUUGAAAUAUUACUACUGGGUGGUAAACCCUAGGGCUAAGAGUGGAAUAGCGCCCAAAGGUUUAGAUGGGCCGAGACCUGGUCAAAAGGAUAUUCUCGCAAUAAGAGCAUAUAUUUUGCUUUUUUUAAAGCAACUUAUUAUGAUCGGCAAUGGGGUCAAAGAUGACGAACUGCAGAGCGUCUUAAAUUAUCUUACCACAAUACAUGAAGACGAGAAUUUACACGACGUCCUCCAAAUGUUAAUAUCUUUGAUGUCAGAGCAUCCAUCAUCAAUGGUGCCAGCGUUUGAUUGCAAACAAGGUGUUAGAACAAUUUUCAAACUGCUCGCAUCUGAGAGUCAACUGAUUCGACUGCAGGCACUCAAACUGCUCGGAUUUUUCUUAAGUCGAAGCACUCAUAAAAGAAAGUACGACGUAAUGAGUCCUUUCAAUUUGUAUACGCUGCUUGCCGAACGUCUACUUCUUAAUGAAAAUACUCUUACAUUGCCAACGUAUAAUGUUCUGUAUGAAAUAAUGACGGAACACAUUAGUCAACAAAUAUUGUACACAAGGCACGCGGAGCCUGAGUCGCAUUUCCGUUUAGAAAAUCCAAUGAUUCUGAAAGUAGUAGCCACUCUUAUACGACAAUCGAAACAAACUGAUCAUCUUUUGGAAGUAAAAAAGUUGUUUUUAUCGGAUAUGACCCUGCUAUGUAACAGUAAUCGUGAAAACAGACGAACUGUAUUACAAAUGUCCGUUUGGCAGGAAUGGCUCAUCGCCAUGGCGUAUAUACACCCAAAGAAUUCGGAAGAGCAGAAAAUUUCAGAUAUGGUUUACUCCCUGUUUCGCAUGUUACUACAUCAUGCCAUAAAAUACGAAUACGGAGGCUGGAGAGUAUGGGUCGAUACAUUAGCAAUUGUACAUUCGAAGGUUUCUUAUGAAGAAUUUAAGCUUCAAUUUGCCCAAAUGUAUGAACAAUAUGAACGUCAAAGAACGGAUAAUAUUACUGAUCCAAUGGUGCGCCAACAGCGUCCUAUUAGUACAAUUUCGGGCUGGGAACAACAACAGAUUGCUGCACACGCCCUUCCCAAUGGCUACCAUCAUCAAGGAGAGGAUCAUUGGUACCAAACAGCAACGCAAGUACGCGAAAUUGAACCCGAAAAGCAAGAUUUAGGCUGUCAUUGUGACUUAAGUUCGCCCAUGUCAGAUGGCAGUCCCGCUUCUUACUUGACAAAACACGACGAUAGUGAAGGUGUCUCGUUAGAUUCAAGGACGAGUGAUUUGUAUAGUGAUGUUAAAAUCGGUAAAGAAUCGCCCUACUCCCAAGAUUCGCCCUUAAAAUCACAAAUAAUUGAAGAUGUAGAGGAACCGGUCGAUCCUUUGUCACCCGUAUGUAACGGAAUCAACAGUAGGAGUAGUACAAGUUUGGAAAGUCCCCAUAAGGAUCCUGACAAGGAUCCAAAGACUGAAAUUGUUGAACACAUUGUACAAGAAAUAAUCAGCAGGUCGGAAGAACUUUUAGAGAAACAUAUAGAGGAAGUUGCAUUGGACUUGCAACAUUCCAGAUCAUCUCCAGUGAUUCAAGACCAGGAAAUUGUUGAAGCAAUUAAAGAAGUAGUGUGUACAAUUAGCGGAACUGAGAAAAGACCAGAAGAAAUAGAAGAGAAGGAAGACCCAUCAGCAGUUCUGGUAGAAAAAUCGCCAUCUGAGUCAUCUCCACGAACUGUAAGUCUUGAAAUACCCAGUCCAGAAAAGGAAGUUCCUGACAGCGACGCUUCCGAAAGGUAUCUCACCCCUACUGAAUUGAACGAACGCAAAGAAGAUGAUAACCCUCAAGAAGUUGAAACUGAAAACGAGGUUUCUAAGCCGUUAGAAACCGUUCUCGGAGAAACAGACAAUCAUUCGGAAAACUGCGCCCCUGAUAAUAAAUCUAAAGAAGAUAACAAUGUUGAAACACAAAAUCAAAUUGAUGUUCAAACUGUGCCAAUUAAUGAAAAAAGUGCUGUGCUAGUGGAACCAGAGCCGUCCAAUAAUAUUUCUAGUCUAGAAAACACUUCACAAACCCAAACCGAAACUAUCGUUACCGAAGUAGAAGCUAAAGACAAAGAAAAUGUCGCUACCACAGCGGAGGAAGCGACGGGUGAUGUGCCAUCGGUAGAUAAUAUUCCUACAAUUUCUCAAAUCUGUGAUCCGAACAACCACGCGCUCAUCAAAAUAUCGAGUGAAAAUAGUGCUGUGCCGAAUCAAAAUAAUAACAAUAAUAUUAAUAAACAAAUAGACGUUGUUUCGUCACCUCAAAAACAAGCCGACGAAUCGCCGAAAAGGAAGCAACAAGUCGAAGAGAUCAAGCGACGCAUUAGUUUACCAUCAAAUUCUGAAAAUGCACCUGGGGAUAAAUUACAUCAAGAAUCGCCACAAAAAAGGCCACGAAGUGCAUCGACGUCCACUCAAGUGGAUCCCCAACAUUUUGUCGAUUCAAAACGGUUAAAAUCCAAUGGAAAUCAACCGAGACCGAUGUUCAGUCCAGGCCCCUCUCGUCCCCCAUUCCGGAUACCGGAGUUUAAAUGGUCGUAUAUCCACCAGCGACUGUUGGCCGAUGUUCUUUUCUCUCUUGAAACUGACAUCCAAGUAUGGAGAAGCCAUUCUACCAAAUCAGUCCUUGAUUUUGUCAACAGUAGCGAGAAUGCAAUAUUCGUGGUAAACACAGUCCAUCUGAUUUCUCAGCUGGCUGACAACCUAAUAAUAGCUUGCGGGGGACUCCUGCCACUUCUCGCCUCCGCCACGUCGCCAAACAGUGAAUUGGAUGUGAUAGAGCCAACUCAGGGAAUGCCCAUAGAAGUUGCCGUAUCUUUUUUACAAAGAUUAGUGAAUAUGGCUGAUGUACUUAUUUUUGCUAGUUCUCUUAACUUUGCCGAGUUGGAAGCGGAAAAAAACAUGUCAAGCGGCGGUAUUUUACGUCAGUGUCUAAGAUUGGUAUGCACUUGUGCUGUCCGGAAUUGUUUGGAAUGUAAAGAGCGAAGCCGUCCACACGCUGCCCCUCUGGAUUCGAACCAUAAGGCAUCCCACUUACAAUCGUUUAUAAGAGGGGGACAGUCGCAAAAUUCACCAAAGAAUGUAAGUGAUAGUUUAUCGAGUCAAUCUAGUCCUGUAAAAGAUCCUGAAAAGUUACUUCAAGACAUGGAUGUCAAUCGGUUAAGGGCAGUGAUAUAUAGAGAUGUGGAAGAAACGAAACAAGCUCAAUUCCUUUCAUUAGCCAUUGUUUAUUUUAUCUCGGUUCUUAUGGUUUCUAAGUAUAGAGACAUUUUAGAACCUCCCGUAUCUAUUCGUGCACCUUCGCCUCCACCUGCCAUAAGAAGUAACGGUACUUCUCAUCGCUCGGAAAGUCCUCAAGAGGGCAGCACGAGACCACUCUUCCCUCAAUGGUCGCACCACGUCUAUCCCCAAUUUCUCCCAGGUUCCCACCCCAACGCUACCGCGCAUCAUAAUUACGCGGUACGAUACCGUCACUCCUAUACCAAACACUAUUAUAACAAUCAUAACAAUAAUCACAACCAUUCCCACCACCAUAACUACAACCAUCAUAAAUACGAUCACCGGUACCACAGAAACGCAGCUGUCUCAGAUCAAGCGUCAAGAUCGCCUCAGGAAGAGGUAGAUUAUGAAGUAAUCACUGCUUAUGUAAUGGAAGAAAACACUUCCGCAACAUUACAAGACCACGAACUUGACUCUGGUCCUCCCUCAAUAAAGGUUAGCUCUAGGCAGCGGCCCUCUCUCGGACGUGGGUACUCUGUAACUGUAGAUUAUUCUCUGGAAGGAACGAAGCAUGUUCGAACUCACGAAAAUAUUCGUGCUCGGAAGAGCAUUGAUUCAGUCGAAGAAACGCGAUCAGUGCAAUCAUCUGAAACUAACAACGUAGAGCCCAGUUUGGAAAUUGAAGAUAAUAAAACGAACGAUGAAAACUGGACAGAUAUUAAUCUAAAUGAAGAAGAUUCAGAUACUCCCAGUAAAGAAGAUCCGCGGAAUGUUCGUAAUGCGUCCCAUGGUCAUGUAGAUAUCGAGGGUAAUAUUCAAACAAUGGAACAGCGAGGUGAUAAACCUCAUUCCAACAUCUCGGUGGUUCGAGUCCCUGAAAAUAUAAUCCAAACAUCUAGUCACGUUCGAGCUGAAGAUUUGACAAUGAAUAAUCUGGUUGUAGACCACAUCUCAGUUCCAACACCGUCUCGCGAAGCAUCUUUGACACAAAAGUUGGAAAUGGCAUUGGGGUCAGUUUGUCCUCUUCUGCGCGAAAUAAUGGUCGACUUUGCUCCAUUCCUAUCCAAAACAUUAGUCGGUUCACACGGUCAGGAACUGCUUAUGGAAGGAAAGGGUUUAACAACCUUCAAGAACAGUACUUCGGUGGUCGAAUUAGUAAUGUUGCUGUGCUCUCAAGAAUGGCAAAAUUCGCUACAGAAGCACGCAGGACUUGCAUUUAUAGAACUAAUCAACGAAGGACGGCUUCUUUCACAUGCUAUGAAAGAUCAUAUAGUAAGAGUUGCCAAUGAGGCUGAGUUCAUACUAAACAGGAUGAGAGCUGACGACGUUCUGAAACAUGCCGAUUUUGAGUCUCAAUGUGCUCAAACCUUACUGGAUAGAAAAGAAGAAGAAAGAAUGUGUGAUCAUCUAAUAACUGCUGCUAGAAGAAGGGACAAUGUAAUUGCCAGUAAACUUUUAGAAAAAGUUCGUAAUAUUAUGUCGAAUAAACACGGAGCGUGGGGAUACAUGGAUCCAGUGGCUGCCCAACUAAAUGAAUUUUGGAAACUCGAUGCUUGGGAAGAUGAUGCACGGCGUAGAAAAAGAUUUGUUCACAAUCCUUUGGGUUCAACGCACCCUGAAGCUACCCUUAAAGCAGCAAUUGAACAUGGAGCGCCGGAGGAUGCUAUUCUUCAGGCUCAAGAAGAAUUUCACUCCCAAUUGGCAGCCACUAGAAACCAACAACAGCAACAACAACAAAUGCAACAAUCAACUGACUUGAUGGAUGAUGCGGAACUCAUGUCAGAUGAUAGGGAGUUGGACACGGAUCUAACGGGUCCAGUAAAUAUCAGCACCAAAGCUAAGCUAAUUGCGCCCGGAGUAGUUGCCAACGGAAUGGUAUCAAUCACCACUGCCGAACUUUAUUUCGAAAUUGACGAAGAGGACGAGGAAUUCAAAAAGAUCGACACAGAGGUAUUAAAGUAUUGCGAUCAUCUUCAUGGAAAGUGGUAUUUUUCUGAAAUACGAGCGGUCUUUUCAAGAAGAUACCUUCUACAAAAUACUGCAAUCGAAAUAUUUCUGGCAAGUAGAACGUCGAUCAUGUUUGCAUUUCCCGAUCAAGCCACCGUGAAAAAAGUUAUCAAAGCGCUGCCGAGAGUUGGCGUCGGAAUCAAAUACGGCAUACCCCAAACAAGGAGGGCGAGCAUGAUGUCUCCGAGACAACUUAUGAGGAACUCCAACAUGACGCAAAAAUGGCAACGGAGAGAAAUAUCAAAUUUCGAAUAUUUGAUGUUCCUGAAUACGAUUGCUGGUCGAACAUAUAACGAUCUCAACCAGUAUCCGGUAUUUCCUUGGGUACUGACCAACUACGAAAGCAAAGAAUUAGAUUUAAGUCAGCCGAGUAACUACAGAGAUUUGUCGAAACCCAUUGGAGCUUUGAAUCCUAGCAGGAGAGCCUAUUUCGAAGACAGAUACUCCAGUUGGGAACAUGAAAGCAUCCCCCCUUUCCAUUACGGCACCCAUUACUCUACCGCUGCGUUCGUACUAAAUUGGCUUAUUCGCGUUGAGCCAUGGACAAGUAUGUUCUUAGCACUGCAAGGGGGUAAGUUCGACCAUCCGAAUCGUCUUUUCUCUUCAAUGGCCGUUUCGUGGAAAAAUUGCCAAAGGGACACAUCCGAUGUUAAAGAACUUAUUCCCGAGUUCUUUUUCUUGCCUGAAAUGUUCGUUAAUUUCAAUCGAUAUCGUCUGGGUGUCCAAGAAGAUGGAACGUCGGUGAACGAUGUAGAACUACCCCCGUGGGCUAGUUCUCCGGAAGAGUUUGUCCGAAUUAAUCGAAUGGCACUGGAAUCCGAAUUCGUAUCUUGUCAACUUCACCAAUGGAUCGAUUUAAUAUUCGGUUAUAAACAACGAGGUCCUGAAGCGAUACGUGCAACUAAUGUAUUUUACUACCUUACCUACGAGGGAAGUGUUGACAUGGAAUCAGUUACUGAUAAUGUUAUGAAAGAAGCCAUUGAGAACCAAAUCAAGAAUUUUGGACAAACUCCUUCUCAAUUGCUUAUGGAACCGCAUCCUCCUCGAAGUUCUGCUAUGCAUUUGUCUCCCAUGAUGUUUUCAAGUAUACCAGACGACAUUUGUAUGUCGAUGAAAUUCCUUUCGAAUUCGCCAGUCGUUCAUAUUUCUGCCAACACCUACCCGCAACUGCCAUUGCCGUCAGUGGUAACGGUCACCAUGCACCAGCAAUUCGCCGUUAACAGAUGGAACUCUAAUUACGCUGCUGUCGCUCAAUCGCCGGUUAAUUUUGAUACACCUCAGAAUCAAGCCUCCAAUCUGCCUCUCUCAAUGGACCCUGUACUAUCUCAAACUAACAACACAGGUAAUCCUACGUUAAAACGCCAUUUAGGAGACAAUUUCAGUCAAAAUGUAAAAAUUCGAUCCAACUGUUUUGUAACUACUGUAGAUAGUCGAUUCUUGUUAGCCUGCGGUUUCUGGGAUAACAGUUUUCGCGUAUUUUCCACUGAAACCGCCAAAAUUGUUCAGAUAAUUUUCGGUCACUAUGGCGUUGUCACAUGUCUGUCAAGGUCCGAAUGUAAUAUUACAUCAGAUUGUUACAUUGCAUCUGGUUCCGCUGAUUGUACAGUUCUCUUAUGGCACUGGAACGCCAGAACGCAAACUAUUGUGGGCGAGGGUGAAAUUCCUACCCCAAGAGCCACUCUUACCGGUCACGAGCAGCCUGUUUCAAGCGUGGUUAUAUCAGCGGAACUAGGACUGGUUGUUUCAGGAUCACAUGAUGGUCCAGUACUCGUUCAUACAACAUUUGGCGACCUUCUAAGAUCUCUUGAUCCUCCGUCUGGAUUUUCUUCUCCGGAAAAUAUUGCCAUGUCCCGAGAAGGGGUGAUAGUGGUUAAUUACGAACGAGGAAACGUAGCCGCCUUCACUAUUAAUGGGAAAAGGCUUCGACACGAAUCCCACAACGAUAACUUACAGUGCCUAUUAUUGAGCCGGGACGGAGAAUAUCUAAUGACCGGUGGAGACAAAGGCAUUGUCGAAGUGUGGAGAACUUUUAAUUUGGCUUUACUUUACGCCUUUCCAGCAUGUGAUAGUAGCAUUAGGUCUUUGGCUUUGUCACAUGAUCAAAAGUUUCUAUUGGCAGGGUUAGCUCUAGGAUCCAUAGUGGUAUUCCAUAUAGACUUCAACAGGUGGCAUCACGAAUUUCAACAGCGUUAUUGAUUUUAAAUUGAUCGCAUUAUAGUACUUCACUUCUUUUGUGUACCAUUAUACAAUGGUAUUUUAUUAUAAUAUAUCGUCCCUUCGAUGCUGACGACGUGCAAUAUUUAACGCGCUUUACAGAAUGCAAGAAAUCGUGUGAAAGAAUUAAUUAAUUAUUCGAUAGCAUGUACUUAAUAUUAGUUAAGCAAUCGAUUCGAAAGUGUUGAAAAGUUUGUAGUUUUAUUACUUCUGCUCUGUACGGUGUACGUUUUUAUUUAUGUAGUUAUCGUAUUUACUGUGAGGAUAAGGUACGAAUGGAUGGCAGCUUCUAUUAAAUACAAAAACGGUUGUUAUUGAUUGUAAUAAUUAUUAUGACGAAAUAAGUAUUUUGUAUAGACUAUAUACACCCUCAUACCGCAUAUAUAUAUUAUAUAGCUGUCUUACGCUUAAAAGCCAUGCAUUACAAUAUGAAUGUUAUUAUUCUGUACAAAAACUGUUGUUUGUACGAAACAGACAAACGAAAUGGGCGAUCGAUAGCAAUGAUACAAUUUAUUAUUAUUUAAUUAUUAUACAAAACAGAUGAAAUCAGAGUCAAUCAGAAAAUGGCUUGUGCAAAAUGUUAUUGAUGCUGUUGUGUUAUAAUUAUGUGCGCUUAAAAAAAAAAAAAUCUAGGGUAAUAAGUGCA